AUUGCUAUUUUUCCUAAAUUCCUCCGCCCUUCGGGAUGCGGCUCGAAGUUUCGAGGGAAUUAUAAACUUGGGUUCACUAAUACAGCAGGACUCCCUAUCGUCGUGCAGAUAGCGAUAUCAGUGUCCCUCCCUCCCCCAAUUUCUGAACCCUCAAAGAUAUCGGCUAAGCGUACCGGAACAAAACUUAUUUCCCUCGUUUCAUAAAGGGGGGUUGGCUAAUCUAAUCUCGUUUGCUAAACUAAGCCGUCGUGGCACACGGUCAGAACGCAAAGGGAUUUAGAGUUAUCUCUUAGCACGCAUUUCUCCGGCUUGGCCAUCUGAUAAGACCAGACAAGAAAGACACAAAACGGCCACUUAACCGAAACAAACAGAAGGAUAAAAAUAAAAAUUUGAUAGAAAGAAUAAAAAGGGUUGAGCCCCACCCCCAACUACGCACCACUAAUUCCCCACCUGUAUCACUACCCACGCGCCCAGCGAAUAAGCAUCGCCAAUCACACCACACACGAUGGACUCACGCACAGUUGGGAUUCUCGGGGGUGGUCAGGUUGUUUACAAUAUUUCUCCUGCUUCUCCUUCUCUGCCACCGGAUUAACCGGCAGCUAACAUGUACUGUACAGCUUGGUCGAAUGCUCGUCGAGGCAGCUCACCGCCUCAACCUCCAAACAGUUAUCCUAGAUGCUCCCAAAUCAUCCGCAAAGCAAAUCAACGCUCUCCACGCACAUAUAGACGGCUCAUUUUCCGACCCUAAAGCGAUUCAGAAAUUGGCUGAGGAAUGUGACGUUUUAACUGUUGAGAUUGAGCAUGUGGACACCAAGGCCCUGGAGGAGCUGGAAGCAUCUUCCAAAGUAGAGGUAAACCACCUAGAACUCACUUUUUGGUAAGGUUAAAAAAACAAAACAAUUGGGUAUCAUUUCUCAUUCGGCUUCAUCCGACACCUAGGUCCAACCGUCGUGGAAAACAAUCCGCACCAUUCAGGACAAAUAUGUGCAGAAAUCUCAUCUAGCCUCCAACGGUGUAGCUACGGCCGAAUCCUUAUCGGUCGAAUCAAACACUUCUGCUCGUUUGGAAGAUAUAGGCCGAAAAUUCGGCUAUCCUUAUAUGCUCAAAUCACGAACGCUGGCCUACGAUGGACGAGGAAACUACGUGGUCUCCGGCCCUGAGUCAAUUUCAGAUGCGUUGGAGGCAUUGAAGGACAGACCACUAUAUGCUGAGAAAUGGGCAUCGUUUUCCAAAGAGCUUGCAGUGAUGGUGGUCAGGAGAAUGGAUGGCGUGUGCAUAAGCUAUCCAACUGUGGAGACUGUCCAUGAAGAGAACAUUUGCAAACUUGUAUAUGCACCAGCACCAGUCUCGGGGGUGAUUCAGGAGAAGGCAAGAAAACUUGCCGAGAAGGCUGUAGAAAGCCUUUGGGGUGCUGGCGUUUUCGGCGUCGAGAUGUUUUUGUUGGAAGACGGUAAGCUGUCUCCCGGUUCGGGGUUUGGGGCAAUGUUCGUAUUAACUCGGGGAUUCAGGGGAACUUCUCAUCAAUGAGCUCGCUCCCCGACCACAUAAUUCGGGCCAUUAUACUAUCGAUGCAUGUCCCACUUCGCAGUAUGAAGCCCACCUUCGUGCUAUCCUUGGUCUACCACUCCAUGCCCACUCAACCUCUCUAGCCACACCUUCAACCCAUGCCAUUAUGCUCAAUAUUCUCGGCCCUUCCUAUGAUACCGUUGCCCGCAAAGCUCUGGAAAUUAAAGGAGCGACUGUCCACCUAUACGGAAAGGGGCAGGCCAAAAUUGGCCGAAAGAUGGGACACGUCACCGUUGUAGCAGGAUCUAUAGCAGAAGCUGAGUAUCAAAUACAACCGCUUAUUAAUGCAGCGGACGCAUACAAGAUGAGUCCGGCCGAGCAGGCCAAGGUUUCCUUCGCUGCCACUUACUCGUCUCCCCCCAAAUGCCCCUCAGCCCGGGAUCCUAUUGUCUCGAUUAUCAUGGGCUCGGACUCCGAUCUCCCGGUAAUGAAGGCUGGUGCGGAGAUUCUCAAGAAGUUCGGGGUCGAGUGUGAGGUCACCAUCGUGUCUGCCCACCGAACCCCAGACAGGAUGGCAACCUUUGCAAGGAACGCAAGAGCCCGCGGCUUGAAGGCUAUCAUUGCUGGGGCAGGUGGCGCUGCGCAUCUCCCCGGGAUGGUCGCCGCCAUGGUUACUCUCCCUGUCAUCGGGGUUCCGGUCAAAGGGAGUACCCUGGACGGUGUAGACAGCUUGCACAGUAUCGUCCAGAUGCCGGUUUGUAACCGUUUCCCAUUCUCUAUUGCUCCCCGCUAACACCCACAAUAGAGAGGAGUCCCUGUAGCCACUGUAGCGAUCAACAAUUCAACAAAUGCUGCGCUUCUCGCAUUGCGGAUAGUAUCUGCGGAGAACAGCCCUCUCGGGAGAGAGAUUAGAAAUAAGCUGGAUAAGUACGUAUCGGACAUGGAGAGCGAGGUUAUGGCAAAAGUUGAGAGACUGGAGAGCGGAGGCUGGGAGGCAUACACCGUGAAGAAGUGAUUUAGGCCUAG